AUUUCAUUUGUAGAAAAAUGAAAAAUAGAUAACCUAGAAUUUUAAACUAAAAUUAAUAAAAUGUCUACAAAACGAUGUAUUUAGAAUACUUUAAAUGAUUGUUCUCGUUAGUGCUAACGCCACUUAAGAUGGGUGCAUUAGUGACGCGGGCUUUGAGGCCCAUCAGGUCGUUUAAUAUUGAAAACCGUGCUCACCGGGUGAUAUCAAAAGAGAAACCAGAGCCUGCUCCAUCAUAUCCUCAUGCUUUAGAAGAUCUGAAAAGGACUUUGGAGGUAGUGCCAGAUAUAGACGAGAAACUCGACAAAAAGGAUCCAGCUCUCGACGACAGACUUAAAAAUGUUUAUGUAACCUCACACGGAAAACCUGAGGCUGAUUUGACACGUGAACAAAAGGAACAGAGCACAAACCGACCGUUACCUCAAAGCCGAACGUUAGUUGAAGACUUUGAAUUGGGUUUUAAGGAGCCAGAUCAGGUUAAAUAUGGUAGAACAACUCUCCGACAUGCUAUGAACUUUAUUGGUGCUCAUCAAACAAAUCCAAAAGAAAUUACGCCUAUGAAAAUAGCACUAGAAUAUAAAUUAAGUGAGGAUGAUGUGCAAGAUAUAUUAAAGUAUUUUAAAACAUUUGAGGUUUACAUACCAAAGACAAAGAAAAGUGCUGCAGUUUUUGCCGGUCCCGCUACAAUUAGGAAACAGAACGAAGAGUUUGAUAUGAGAGAGUUAGAUUAUACAAAAAAUAAAGAGAGUACAAUAGCUGAUAAAGAGGAUAAGGUAAAGGAAACAUCAUAGUUAACUUAAUUCAUCGUAAUAAAACUAUUUCUGAUUCUUGGAGAGUUUAUUAACAUUCACAUUGUUGAUUGCUAAAUCCAAAUGUUAAAUACUAUUGAAAAAAUUAAAGCUAUUUGAUUCAU